CAACAAUUAAACAAUACAUUCUUAGUAAUAUUAAACAAAAUGGUUCAAUUAAUUUCUUCAACAUACGGUAAGGCUAACGUUAAAUUCUUAAAAGUUAAGAAAAAUCCAUCCAACCCAACUGAACAAGAAGUAUUAGAAGCUAAUGUUCAAGUAUUAUUAAGAGGUAAAUUUGAUGUUGCUUAUACUAAAGCUGAUAAUGCUCCAAUUGUUCCAACCGAUACUGUUAAAAAUACUAUUUUAGUUGAAGCUAAAACUACUGAUGUUUGGCCAAUUGAAAGAUUUGCUGGUCAUUUAGCUAAACAUUUUACUAAUAAAUAUAAUCAAAUUGAAGGAAUUGAUAUACAAAUUGUUCAAUCUAGAUGGACUAAAUAUCCUUUAUCAAAUGGAAAAAUUCAUGCUCAUUCAUUUAGAUAUGAUGGUGCUGAAACUAGAAGAACUCAUUUAAAUUAUGAUAAAUUAACUAAAAAAUUAUUAAUUACUUCUGCUAUUAAAGAUUUAACAGUAUUAAAAUCAACUGGAUCUAUGUUUUAUGGUUAUAAUGUUUGUGAUUAUACUACUUUACCACCUACUAGAGAUAGAAUUUUAUCUACUGAUGUUUAUGCAUCAUGGACUUAUGAUCCUAAAUUUAUACCUACAUUAGAUUCAAUCUUUAAGAAAGCUGAUGAAGGAUUAUUUGAUUCAACUUAUAAUGCAGCUAGAAUCACUACUUUAGAAAGAUUUGCCUUAGAAAAUUCUGCUUCUGUACAAGCUACUAUGUAUAACAUGUCACAAGAAAUUUUAGAAAAGGUUAAAGAAGUUGAUACUGUAAGUUAUGAAUUACCAAAUAAACAUUAUAUCCUUUUCAAUUUAGAAUGGAAAGGUAUUAAAGGUAAUACAGAAUUAUUUUAUCCAUCACCUGAUCCAAAUGGUUUGAUCAAGUCCACAGUAGGAAGAGGUAAGGCUAAGUUAUAAGUUAUAAGUUAGUUUUAAGUCAUAAGAUUAAGUAAUUGCUUAUCAAUGUCAAUAACAGUAUAACUAUAUUUGUAUGUGAAUAACGGUAUAUAUAAAUAAAAUAUUGAAGUGC